AUGGCGAGCGUCAGAAUACCACUUGCUUCGGCGAGCCACCCAAACCCACCCUACGACAUUGUCUCUCCAAGCGAAUCCCAAACUCGGUCCUUAUGUUGGGACUCUACUCGGGUGAAUUCAGUGGAGCGGUAUCAGAAUAUAUCUGAGACUCUCAAAUUCAUCACCCUGGAACUGGAAAAGUGGCAGCAGCAAACGUCGGAUUUCCUUCACGGAAUUACGGUCUAUGUCUUCACCGACGUACGCCGUGAGUGGGCGGACACUCUUUUUCAAGCCAUCGAUGAAAAAUCCCGGGUACGGAAAACCUGGAACUCUCAAGCUCAAACAUUGAGUCUCAAAAUGCCGACUCAAGGACACGAUAUCGCUCAAAAAUGGGUCAUCAAUUCUGUCGUGGAUUGGAAGGAUGAGGGAAUUAUAAGCAAGGAGGAGUGGGAAGGCCUGAAGAUUGGCUUUGGGACUACUUUGAAACUACCUACGUCUUCAUUCUCGAAAUCUCAAAAGGAGCCUGAUAUCUACAUUCGGCCCUUUGGCUCCGAUUCAGGAUUCCUUCCCCCGGUUGCUUUUGAAGUUGGAUGGUCGGAAAGUGCCUCGAGGCUUAGAGAAAAUGUCCGCAUUCUCCUUGAAGGAGGCGCCGGUCAUAUCCGGGUCGUGAUUGUGAUCGACUGGUAUCUACAGAAGGAUGGUCUUACUGUGACUGGUAAAGCGGAUCUCUGGAGGCGAGGCUCGGAUGGCCAUCCUGUUCACGAGCAGUCCGAGGAUAUUUACCCUGUUCCAAGGCUACUUCGAGGCCAAUCUCAACGUCUCGGAGUUACUCUUGACGACAUAUUCUUGACUACCCUACAAGCCAAUCAAGACCCAAGAACCAUUGUCUACUUUGAUAUCGGGAAAUUGCGCGAGGAAGCCGACAAGGUCUUUAAAGAGCUGAAACUCAAACCCGCUUGA